UUAAAUGUAGAUAUGCCUUCAUUUCCUCCCUUUAAAUGCUUGGGGGAAUUAUGUGGCUUGGGGAAAAGCAAAAAUCUGUCACCUGAUGGAGGGAACCGUAAGGCCUCAUUAAGCAGCAGACUGGUGAUUGAGGAUGUGAGCAUCACUGGAGUUCCAUACCCUCUUCCCAGAAGGGCUACCAUCACUCACUUGCUCUAUCUGCAUCCCGAUGAUUACUGCUUAUGUGCUCACUUAUUCAACAACUUCGACACUCUAGUGGCCCACCCUCAGGACCCUCAUCACCCAUCUGAGAAGCCUGUCAUCCAGUGCUACAAGUGUGGAGAGCCAUGCAAGGGUGAAGUGCUCCGGGUUCAAGCCAGGCAUUUCCACAUCAAAUGCUUCACCUGCAAAGUAUGUGGCUGUGACUUGGCUCAAGGAGGCUUCUUCAUAAAGAACGGAGAAUACCUCUGCACCCUGGAUUACCAACGAAUGUAUGGAACGCGCUGUAAUGGCUGUGGGGAAUUUGUGGAGGGGGAGGUGGUGACAGCUCUUGGGAAGACCUACCACCCGAACUGCUUUGCCUGUACUGUCUGCAAACGCCCGUUUCCACCUGGAGACCGAGUUACCUUCAAUGGAAGGGACUGUCUUUGUCAACUCUGUGCUCAGCCAAUGUCUUCCAGCCAUAAAGAGGUCUCAAGCUCCAGCAAUUGUGCUGGCUGUGGCAGAGACAUAAAGAAUGGACAGGCACUGCUGGCUUUGGAUAAGCAGUGGCACCUGGGGUGCUUUAAGUGCAAAUCCUGCGGAAAAGUUCUCACCGGGGAAUACAUCAGCAAGGAUGGAGCUCCCUACUGUGAAAAGGACUAUCAAGGGCUCUUUGGUGUCAAAUGUGAAGCUUGUCACCAGUUUAUCACAGGGAAAGUUUUAGAGGCAGGUGAUAAACAUUACCAUCCAAGCUGUGCGCGAUGCAGCAGGUGCAACCAAAUGUUCACAGAAGGAGAGGAAAUGUAUCUUCAAGGUUCUACCGUUUGGCAUCCCGACUGUAAGCAGUCUACAAAGACAGAAGAAAAACUCCGGCCAACCAGGACAUCUUCUGAAAGUAUUUAUUCCAGACCAGGAUCAAGCAUCCCUGGAUCUCCAGGUCAUACCAUCUAUGCAAAAGUUGACAAUGAGAUCCUAGACUACAAGGAUUUAGCAGCCAUUCCCAAGGUCAAGGCAAUUUAUGACAUCGAACGUCCAGAUCUUAUUACUUAUGAGCCAUUCUACUCUUCAGGCUAUGAGGACAAACAGGAGAGGCAGAGCCUUGGAGAGUCUCCAAGGACUCUGUCUCCCACGCCAUCAGCAGAAGGAUACCAGGAUGUUCGAGAUCGAAUGAUUCAUCGAUCAACUAGUCAGGGCUCCAUUAACUCUCCCGUGUAUAGCCGCCAUAGUUACACCCCAACAAUGUCACGUUCUCCACAGCAUUUCCACAGACCUGGCAAUGAGCCAUCCAGCGGCCGGAACUCCCCUCUCCCUUAUCGGCCAGACAGCCGCCCUCUAACUCCAACUUACGCUCAGGCCCCUAAACAUUUCCAUGUUCCAGAUCAAGGGAUCAACAUAUACCGAAAACCACCCAUCUACAAACAACAUGCUGCCUUGGCAGCACAGAGCAAGUCUUCAGAGGAUAUCAUCAAGUCCUCCAAGUUCCCAGCAGCCCAUGCUCCAGACCCCAACGAGAUACCAAAGAUUGAGACGGACCACUGGCCAGGUCCCCCCUCACUUGCCGCCAUAGGGACAGAUAUGAGGCGCAGAUCAAGUGGCCGUGAGGAAGAUGAGGAGGAGCUUCAGAGACGCCGGCAACUUCAAGAAGAACAACUAUUAAAGCUGAACUCAGGUCUGGGUCAAUUAAUUCUAAAGGAAGAAAUGGAAAAGGAAACCCGGGAAAGGACUUCCCUUUCAGCCAGUCGCUAUGAUUCUCCACUUAAUUCAUCUCCACAUGCUUCAUCCAAAACCUCCUCCCUCCCUGGUUAUGGGAGAAAUGGCCUUCAUCGGCCUGUUUCUACAGAUUUUGCCCAAUACAAUAGCUAUGGUGAUGUCAGUGGUGGGAUUCGAGAUUUCCAGACCCUCCCUGAUGGCCAUGUACCUGGAAUGCGAAUGGACAGAGGUGUGUCCAUGCCUAACAUGUUGGAGCCAAAGAUUUUCCCAUAUGAAAUGCUCAUGGUGACCAACAGAGGGCGGAAUAAAAUACUAAGAGAUGUAGACAGAACCAGGCUUGAGCGCCAUUUAGCACCUGAAGUGUUUCGAGAAAUAUUUGGGAUGUCAAUACAGGAGUUUGACAAGUUACCUCUUUGGAGACGCAACGACAUGAAGAAAAAAGCAAAACUCUUCUAAGUCACAUCUGCCCGACAAUUUGAAAUGUUGAUGAGGAUGAUGCAUAAGAUAUAGUAUUAUAUAAUGGCCAUGUUUGAUUGGAGAACUUACAAACUACUUCUCCACAGCAACAACAAAAAGGGAAAAAUCUGAUUGAGGCACCCGUGAUCUAACCAUUGGCCCACCAACAGCAACACUUGCCAAGAAGCAAUGGGGUGGAACUUUAUAUGUUCCAAAACUUGACAGUAGUUUUCAUGUGUGAUCUUUUUACAUUAUCUUCUGUACAUGAUUUGAGCCACUUUCUUAUUUGUUUCCCUUUAACUGUUGUAAAAAAUAAUACAACAGACUAUUGGUCAAGCCAGGAAGUGCCCUUAAGAUGCUGAAUGGGGAAAAAAGUAGUUUUAAUAACUCCAAAAAAAUGAUUAUAUAUAUUACAGUACUGUGGUGAAGAAGGAAAAAAAAAACCUGUGUAACAUAUCCAUAUGGUAACAUUAGUCAUAUUGCACAAAUGUUUCUUAAUUGGCCUCAUUUAAAACUGCCCAUUCUGUAGCCGUAGGAGAAAUCAGAGAGGCAGGCACCUGAGGAAAAUGCUCCACUGGGCUGCUUACCAGUGGAAUGACGUUAAAUGUGUUCCUCACUCUCUGCUGUACACAUUUGCUAGGAUGUGGUUGGUGAAUUUUUGCGCUUUUGUAAAGAAUAUUUCUCUCUCCUCACUUUUUUUUUUUUUUGCUUCAGAUAACUUGGCUUCAGCUUAACCUACCCAGCAAAGGCAAGUAGCAAAUCUGAACCCAGCUUGCAAAAAGAGAGGAGGGAAAGCUCUCCUUUAGAUUGACCUGGGUUGCAUGCUCUUUGGGGACACACACCACCAAGUUUCCCCAGGAAGCACACCAUGUUAUAGAAGAUAACACGUCAUGUUCUUCUGCCAAUGCCAAUGUGCUAGCCUGUCAUCAUCUAUCCGUGUGACACGUUCUAUAUCAUAUCACACUGAAGGUCAUUUCAACCGUAGGCUAAGAAAGGCUCUAUUUUUCUCUCUUUCAUCUUUGCAGUUGUUUGGAAUUUACUCAAGUUGAAGGUGAGAAAGAGGAAGUUGGCUUUCCUUUGUGCCUCAUUCUUUUGAGACUUCAUGAUUUGUGGACAAAAAUGACUCAGAAUAAUUUUUGAAUCAUGGGCUUCAAAAAUCUCAUUACCGCAUAAAUGCUCUAGUUUUUGAAGAAGAAUAUGUCAGUGAAAUAUGCAAGGGGCAAGUCAUUUCUGUGGAAGGAUCAGGUUAUUUUCUUCUACUCUUCUGUCCCCUAGUGAAAAGUGAGAUGGGAUAUAUAUAUGUACAUAUAUAUGAAAAUAUAUAUAUGUACAACAACAAUGCACUGAUAUAAUUACCCAUUUCUUGCUUUGAGCAACUCCCAAAUUCUGACUACAGAGCAAAGAAUUAAGUUAACAUUGUGACUUGACAGAUCAAGCCAUUUCCCCUUAAGGUCCAAAGUCUUGUAAGAGGAGAUAUACAUGUAUGGUUCCUAAAAUGGGAAUCCAGGGAUCCCCCCCUUACACUUAAAUAGAACUCAGUCUAUCUGUUCGCCUCACAAUAAACAAGAGUCAUUCAAUAUAUGUGGCUCCUUACCACGGGGCUCCCCUAGAACCACCGGUGCAAGAAUCAAAACAUAACUUCAUAGGUCCCUAAAGAAACCAAAGGAGAAGGUAUUUGAGUUGAUCUGCAAGAGUUCCAUUUAUGGUGAGAGAUUGGAGAUUCUACUCUUGACAGGGAUAAAUAAGAUUAGCUGUCUGUCUGGCAGCUAAUGAUGGAAACAACUAGGCUUGUUUUCCAAAUGGGCAUAGUAUGUAGAGAUACAAGGAGAAAUGCUAUGUGGGUACAACACACUUAAAUGUACUAGGUGCUAUAGUAGAGAGUAGAAUCCAUGUAUAGUAGUCUUUUUAUUUACUAAUCUAGUUGAAGCCAUCUAAUUUUAUUGUACCUUCAGACCCAUGGAGUGAAUGUUCAAUGACUGUCUACAUAUGUGUCUAUCUAUAUAUCUAUAUGUGUGAGUGUGUGUAUCUUAGAUCUACUAAAUCAUGUAACAAACUGUUCCUGUGCUAGGCAUACUGGGUUAUUUUUGAGAAGAUGAAAGCUUUGCUUGACCCUAAACCAAACUUCUGCCUUCAUUUUUGUCCCUUGAAGCAUUAGUUGCUUCAUUAUCCACUAUGGUGAGAGUGUCUAUUGCUGUUCUGUCAUCUCUCUGAACUCUCCUGUGGCUGCCACCCUUGCCAAAUCCUUUUUUAUUCUUUUAUGUCUGGUGAUCUUUUCUGGCAAAGCAAGCUAUCCAGUGUUUGUGCCCUUUCAUAGUUCUAUAAGGCUUGUUUUAAUAGGAGGGCUGUAUUCCCAAAGUUUAUUCACAAAAUAAAAGAGAAAACCUACUGGAGUAAAAUUCCAACCCUUUGGCUCCCCAAUUUUUUUUUCAUCUAAUGGAAGAAAACAGUGGCUCUUAAUCAUUUUGUAGUCAUCCACUUAACCCAAAAAUUUACUUGCACAUCAGAUAUUAGUGCAUUAAAAAAAAAAGAAAAAUUAAGGUACCUGGUAAACAUAGAUACAGUUAAAUGACCAAAAAUCUCAUUCUUCGGGCCAGGUGGGGAAGAUGUGAUUGGAUUCUUAGUCAGAAAAACACAAAAUGUAGCAGAAAAGUACCUAACAUCUAGUUCAAGCCCUUUGUUGUUUAGAUUAGAGACUGGGACCCCUGAAAGGUUAUAUGACUUGUCCAAUAUCAGACAACCUUUAAUGGGAGAGCUAAGACAAGAACCCAAGUCAUCUCAAGCCCCAUCUUCUGAAUCCUAAAUGAUAUUGCCACUGUAAGGGGUUUUAUUUUAAGUAGAUCUUCCAUCCAGACCUAAAAAGUCAUUUUCCAUCUCAUUCAUUUGCUGCUAAUACUACUAAUUAGAGCAGAAGGACCUCCCCAACUCCCAAUACGCACACACCAAAAUUACCUGCCAAAGAACUCAUGAGCCUCCCGUCUGUAGACAAGACUACACUUUGAUGAGUGAAAGACUUAGAAACCUGAACACUCAUGACAAUAGAAUGCAUCGUAGGCUAGGGCUAUCGUACCAUUACUCUAGGUUGGGGAAUCGGCUGGUCUAGUUUAGGUAACUGCCAAAUCAUACACGUGGACUUGUCAGGUUCAUUAAAAUCAGCCUAGCAUGCACACCUUGGAGACGCACCCAGGUCACUCGAUAGGGUGCAGCUGGACCAUGUUAAAAGCAAACCCUGUAUUACCUAAGACACUAUUUAUAUGAUAUUUAAAUCAGGAGUAAAAAUUCACUUUACAAAAAAAAAAAAAAAGCUUAAUAUUAGAUGAAUUUAAUUAUCAACUGUCCUCGGUUUAUUUUCAAAGUAUUCUUAGGUUUAUGACCAUCUGAUUGACUUGCACCUUUUCAGGAAUGCAUCUAAUAUGCAAAGAGAGGUUUACUUUAGAAGCGAAUCACUAACUAAACUUUAAUGAACUUAAGGAGGUUCAAAGUAAGACUUUGUCUUCCUUGCCGACGGUGUCCUUUAAAACAGAUCACAGCGAUUUGAAGAACAUUAGAAGACUGCAGCAAUAGAUCUCUCUCUUUUUUUUAAAGCUUGGGACUAGUUUUGAAGUGCUCUUAAUAUGUUUUUUGCAAUGAGCUCUGUUGAAUCACCUUUUUUCUCAAAGCAUCCAAGGCACAGUGCUGAAUAAGGCGCAAGAAGUAAUUCUGCAUCUGCGUUUUCCCCUGGUCACCUUCCGUCAGAAGAAAAUAUGCUUCCAAUUGAUCUUCUUCUGAUAGAGAAGCCGUGGCCAUUCUCUUGGGACUGCUCUCACCCCUCCAGCUGGUGAGGUUGGUCGUCUUUACCAGCAAUUUCUGGCAGAUGAGCUGGUAAUAUUUAUAAAUCCUUAAUCUGAUUUCAUGACACUUUGAAGCAAAUACUUUUUCUAAAGAAUUGCUUCUCUUGGAUACAGUUAACGCUUUUGCAAGUUUGAAAAUUUUAGGUCACUUUUGAUUAGAUAGAUCUUUCUAAAACCUGUUUGAGACAACACCUUAACGUCAUUUAAAAAAGGAGAACAGCAGGCAACUCUUCCAGGCUAUAUGCUUUUGUAAACAUUUUCCUGAUCGGCAAGAAGGAUGCUGAAAGGAAAAUCAGUCUUAUGUCACCGACCUAUCUGUGCCCCCCAUGCAAAAUAUGUCUUGGACAAAUCGAUUUUUACAAAUCACCUACUCUUUCUCAUCAGUGCUUGUUUACUCUGUACCCAUUUGCUUUUCCUGCGUAUCCGAUGCCUGGAUGUUGCCUUUGCUCUCUGUUUUUUCCCAUACAUUAAAAAAAAACAACAAAACCACAAUGUAGUUCUUUCUGAUGAAAUGGACAUUUUAUUUUAAGGAACCAGAUGCUUCUCACUGCUGGGAAAUCAUUAGUGUUCUCUUACAAAAACAUUUCUAAUAUAGUAAUAAUAAUAAUAGUUUGUAUUAUUAAUACAGAGAAAAAAUAUUUCAGUCAGAGUAAUUCUACUCACAAUAAGAGCUACUGAAAAUCUUGUAUUAAAUAAAGAUUGCUUGUUUGGGGGGUGUACAAUCAUUGCUUUCUCAGAUACUAUCAAGGAGGCAAUGGGUAACACCAAGAAUCAUUCUUGACUAUAGUUUGAAUUUUAAUUUGUCCCAGUUUAAUUUAUGAUAAAUUCAGCAAACAGAUUUAUAUAGAAAUACUCUCUAAGAUAACUAAUAUAUGUGCAGUUCUAAAUUCAACUCAAAUACUUAUUUUAAGAUGCUUCAGAUCUUUGGGUGAUAAUGGUUACCAUUAGAAUGCAUUGUUCCCUAACAUGUCUCCCACAACUCCUGUUGAUGAACUGUCGUUAUCUAUUUUAAAAGCUGGUAUUCAAAAUGAUUGCAGUCCCUCUAAUCAUUAUAAUUUUUAUUUAACUCCAGGGAGCAAGGCAAAAGGAUAUAUUUAAACAUUGUUCUACCCAUGGAAAUGAAUUUGUUAUUCUUAACAUACUUGUCCAGUAAUGUGCGUGAUUUCUGUGAGUU